GUUGAACCUGGUGUAGAUAAACCUGGUUCAGGUAAACCUGGUUCAGGUAAACCUGGUUCAGUUAAACCUGGUUCAGAUAAACCUGGUUCAGUUGAACCUGGUGUAGAUAAACCUGGUUCAGGUAAACCUGGUUCAGUUAAUCCUGGUUCAGAUAAACCUGGUUUAAAUAAACCUGGUUCAGAUAAACCUGGUUCAGGUAAACCUGGUUCAGUUAAACCUGGUUCAGAUAAACCUGGUUCAGUUGAACCUGGUUUAGAUAAACCUGGUUCAGUUGAACCUGGUUCAGUUAAACCUGGUUCAGUUAAACCUGGUUCAGUUGAACCUGGUUUAGAUAAACCUGGUUCAGUUAAACCUGGUUCAGUUAAACCUGGUUCAGUUGAACCUGGUUUAAAUAAACCUGGUUUAGAUAAACCUGAUUCAGGUGAACCUGGUUCAGGUGAACCUGGUUCAGGUGAACCUGCUUCAGUUAAACCUGGUUCAGUUAAACCUGGUUUAGAUAAACCUGGUUCAGGUAAACCUGGUUUGGAUAAAUCUGGUUCAGUUAAACCUGGUUUGGAUAAACCUGGUUUAGAUAAACCUGGUUCAGGUGAACCUGGUUCAGUUAAACCUGGUUCAGUUAAACCUGGUUCGGAUAAACCUGGUUUGGAUAAACCUGGUUCAGUUAAACCUGGUUCAGGUAAACCUGGUUCAGGUAAACCUGGUUCAGUUAAACCUGGUUCAGGUGAACCUGGUUCAGGUGAACCUGGUUCAGUUAAACCUGGUUCAGGUAAACCUGGUUCAGUUAAACCUGGUUUGGAUAAACCUGGUUCAGUUAAACCUGGAUCAGGUAAACCUGGUUCAGGUAAACCUGGUUCAGGUAAUCCUGGUUCAGGUGAACCUGGUUCAGGUGAACCUGGUUUAGAUAAACCUGGUUCAGGUAAUCCUGGUUCAGGUAAACCUGGUUCAGGUGAACCUGGUUUAGAUAAACCUGGUUCAGGUAAACCUGGUUCAGUUAAACCUGGUUCAGGUAAACCUGGUUCAGGUGAACCUGGUUUAGAUAAACCUGGUUCAGUUAAACCUGGUUCAGGUAAACCUGGUUCAGGUAAUCCUGGUUCAGGUAAACCUGGUUCAGGUGAACCUGGUUCAGGUAAUCCUGGUUCAGGUGAACCUGGUUCAGGUGAACCUGGUUUAGAUAAACCUGGUUCAGGUGAACCUGGUUCAGUUAAACCUGGUUCAGGUGAACCUGGUUUAGAUAAACCUGGUUCAGGUAAUCCUGGUUCAGUUAAACCUGGUUCAGGUGAACCUGGUUUAGAUAAACCUGGUUCAGGUUGUCAGAUUGUCUCAGACAGAGUAGAAAAAUAGAAUCUACAAAGAGGGAAUGAAAAGGUUCAGUUCUCUGAUAGCUUAUAAAACCAUAUCUACAAGAUGUGUUAGCAAAAUAUCACACAGACCAGAGGACCAACAGGAGCUCCUGACUCUGCUCAGGCACCUGCACACCAGGAGGAGCAGGAGGAGGAGGAGGAGCAGGAUGAAGAGGAGGAGGA